AGAGUGGUUGAAGAAAAGAAAGAAGAAGAGGGAAAAGAAGAGAGGAGGAAGAAGAGAAGAAGAUGAAGAAGAAGAAGAAGAGGAGGUGGCUGCAGCGAGGGCUGCAGCGAGAAGCUGUGGGGCGUGGGGAGAAGAAGAGAGGAAGAAGAGGGAGAAGAGAAGAAGAAGAAGAAGAAGCAGAAGAAGAAAAGAAGAAGAGAGGAUGAUAGCUGCGGCAAGGCUGCAGCGAGGAGGUGUGUGGGGUUGGGGAGGAAAAGGGAAGAGGAGAAGAAAAGAAGGAGAAGAAGAGGGAAAAGAGAGGGAAGAGGGAGAGGAGCGAGAGGUGGCAGCAGCUAGGGCUGCAGCACCUCUGUUUCCUGCAGGUGGAAACAGAGGAGAGGUGGGGCGUUCGAAGAGGAGAAGAAGAAGAAGAGGAAGAGAAGAGGAAGAGGAAGCAGGAGAAGAGGUUGUGAUACCUCUGUUUCCUGCAGAGGAAACAGAGGAGAGGGUGUGUGUGACGUCGGGGAGAAGAAGGGGAGGAAGGAGAAGAAGAGAAGAAGAAGAAAGGAAGGAGAGGAAGAAGAGAAGGGAAAGGAGGAGCUGCGGCUGCGGCGGUGGCAGCUGCAGCUGGAAGAGAAGGAGAGGAAGAGAUGGUGAGGAAGAAGAGAAGAAGUAGAAGCGGGUGAAGAGGCGGCACCUCUGUUUCCUGCAGGAGGAAACAGAGGAAAGGAGGUGCUGUUCGUCGGGGAGAAGAAGGGGGCUGCAGCUGCGGCGAUGGCAGCUGCAGCUGGAAGAGAAGAAGAAGAGGAAGAUGAGCAGGGGAGGAGGGAGAGGUUGCGGCCGUGGCUGCGGCCGCGACUGCAGCAGUUGCAGCGGGGAGAGAAGAAGAAGAAAGGAAGGAGAAGGAAGAGGAGAAGGGAAAGAAGUAGCUGCGGCUGCGGUUGUGGCAGCUGCAGCUGUCGCAGGGAAAGAGGAAGAGAAAAAGGAAAGGAAGAAGAAGAGAAAGGGAAGGAGAGGAAGAAGAGAGGAAGAGGAGAAGGGGCUGCGGCUGCGGCGAUGGCAGCUGCAGCUGUGGCUGGGAAAGAAGAGAAGGAAAGGAAGAAGAAGAGAAAGGGAAGGAGAGGAAGAAGAGAGGAAGAGGAGAAGGGGUGGCAGCUGCGGCAGUGGCAGCUGCAGCUGGAAGAGGAGGAGGAAAUAGAGCAGGGGAGGAAGAAGAGGCUGCGCCGUGGCUGCGACUCCGGCUGCGGCUGCGACGUUGGCUGCGGUAGCUGCGGCAGCGGUGGUGGCUGCAGUAGCUGCAGUAGCUGCUUUUGGGAAAGAGAAAGAGUAGGAAUGAGAGAAGGGAAGAAGGAAAUAGUGCAGUGGAUGGGGGCUGCGGUUGUGACCGCAGUUGCGAUUGUGGCAGCGGCAGCGGCGGCGGCUGUGGCAGCUGCGUUUGGGAAAGAAAAAGAAGGAAUGAGAGUAAGACAGAGCAGGUGACUGUGCCUCGAUGUUCGACACGUGAUGUAGUUACGAAGAAAGGAAGAAAACGGGAGCACAAAACGAAACAGAGAGAGGACACGGAGGAAAAGUAGAAAGAUUGGACUGGCACCUUCCUUAGAUAUUCAGAUCAAAAUAUUUGAAAGGUCAGCUUGUUACUCUUCGAGAUGUUUGAUUUGGGCUGAGGCAGUGGAUAGCUAUUCAGAAUGAUGGGCAAGUCUGGUUGGUUAUUAUGAUAUUGUUGUAUAAGUAUGUUUUGUAUGUAAUGAAAUGUUGUCGAUGUUGAAUCUCGGAUUUUGAUGAUAUAAUCAAUUGGUGGGUUAAUUGAUCUAAUCCAUAUUAUUGAGUUAAGUGUGCAGGAUUAACUACGAUAAUCAAAAAAACACAAAGCGAGAAUACCGGAGUCACAUUUGACCGAACCACUCUAAAAAUCGGCGUAAUCUCUGGUUUGCUUUUUAUUAUUGUCAUUUACAUUACUGCAAAUCUUCUUACUGCUUUAGUUCCUUAUUACUCUUGCUGCGCAACUUUAAGAAUACGCCUUCAAGUUAAAUUUCUCAAGUUUCAUUCUUAACGUACGAAAGAUUUUACUAAAACCGAAGUUUUAAUCCGCUGCACUAAUUCACCCCCCCCUCUUAGUGCCGCUCCGAUCCUAACAAGUGGUAUCAGAGCCACGGUUUUCUACUUUGGUUUAACACCCAAAUAGAAAUGGCUCUUUAUGGCUUUCAAGAGGGUCACUCUCUCAUUCGUCCUCCCUUUUUCAAUGGGACGGACUACACUUGUUGGAAAACUCGAAUGAGAGUUUUCUUACUUUCUUUGGAUUUGAAUUUAUGGGACAUAGUCGAAAAUGGAUUUGAAAUGUCUUCUCUCCCAAUGAACCAUUGGAAUGAUUUGGAGAAGAAGAUGUUUUCUUUAAAUGCAAAGGCUAUGAAUGCCUUAUAUUGUGCACUUGACAAAAGUGAAUUUAAUCGCGUUUCGAUGUGUGACUCGGCUUUUGAUAUUUGGAGAACUCUAGAGGUCACUCAUGAAGGCACUAGCCGAGUGAAAGAGUCCAAAAUCAAUAUUCUUGUGCAUUCUUAUGAACUUUUCCGGAUGAAACCAAGUGAGUCCAUCGGAGACAUGUACACCCGGUUCACGGAUGUCAUCAAUGGACUCAAAGCUCUUGGUAAAAGUUUUUCUAAUUUUGAACUAGUCACUAAAAUCUUAAGAUCCCUUCCAAAAAGUUGGGAUCCAAAAGUUACGGCCAUUCAAGAGGCCAAGGACCUUAAAACAUUCCCUCUCGAAGAACUUAUUGGGUCUCUAAUGACCUACGAAAUGAACAAUGUGGAAAAAAAGAAACUCGAGAACAACCUUCCAAAUGAUAGGAAGGAUUUGGGACAUAGAACACAUGAAUACCACUCGAGCAUAAGCUCAAGUGAUGGUGAACUUAAACUACAAAUGAAACAAAAAUUAAAAAGCAAAAAGAAUGGAACUACUUGCUUUGAACGCAAGAAGAACAAAAGUUGGGAUGAAUUGAGCUCUUCCGAAGACGAGGAGAAAAUCAAGAAAGGCGAGGUGGCAAACUAUGCCUCACCCUCUUUCAACAAUGAGGUAAUCAAAAUCCCACUAAUUCAUUUCGAAAUUACAUAAUACUUUCUUGAGUUAUUUUUAAUUUAGUUUAGGAUUAAUUUUCUUGAAAAUUGCUUGUGUUAUGUUAAUGCAAUAAAAUGUUAGAUAUAAAUAUAAUGCUUAUACACCUAGUAAGAUUAAUCUUAUAUAUGUGCUUGAGAAGCAAGAAUUUGUAC